AUGACCCCUAAGGAACAGAUCCUUAAUGUCGCCAAGUCCAGGCCGAAAAACACGAAGAAGACGACGCCAGCAGACACCAAGUCGGUGGGCCCUUCCGAAGCAGAUCCGCUAGGCUGGUCGGAAGAUGUAGUAACCAUUGCCCACCACCGACGUAAGCUGAACACACUCUUGGCAAGCGACCCCGUUGCAAAAUCCCUUGAGAUCCAGCUACUUGGACUACCAGGGACGCCGGUGUCGCCCCUUCCACGACUUCGCACGGUCACCGAGGCGGUCAACGUGUUAGUUACGCUCCUCCGUGAGGUAAACAAGGCUGCAGGAAUGUAA